UUUGUGCUGAUAUUUCGGUUUAUAUUGAACGGUUGAUGUUUUAAUUAAUACAUGAUUGAAGACCGUGUGAAUCCAUUCAAAUUCAAUUAACUUCUUGAACCAAACAAAACAUUUUUUGUAUAUUGUUAACCUUGUUAAAUUCAAAAUGGCUAAUCUGCUAUACACUUCUGUCAGUAAAUUUGGGGGUGUAAACUCAGUUUAUCACAAAGUUGUCAGCAGUUUCCCAAAAGGAAUGCAGAUGGCUUUUGCUUAUGGGUCUGGAGUAUUUAAGCAAGAGGGACAAAAAGACACUAAACAAAACAUGAUGGACUUCAUCUUUGUUGUCAACGAACCUGCAGUUUGGCAUGAACAGAAUCUCAAACAACAUGCAAGCCAUUACUCAUUCUUGAAAAGAUUCGGGCCAAACGUCAUAACGAUGGUUCAGGAGUCUGCAGCAGGGCUAUACUUUAAUCCCAUUGUUCCUUUUGGAGACAGAGUUAUUAAGUACGGCGUCAUUAGCACAAAGACUUUUACAAAGGACUUGGUACAGUGGAACAAACUGUAUGUCAGUGGUCGCCUCCACAAGCCAGUGAUGAUUAUUAAACCACCUGACGAUGACACUGUCAAAGAUGCUCUGAAAACCAACCUUGAGAGUGCUAUCCAUUUUUCGUUGAUGUUUCUCCCUGAAAAGUUCUCGGAGUUGGAUCUGUUUACGAAAGUAGCUUCUCUGUCCUACACAGGUGAUUUCCGUAUGCUAUUCGCUGAAGAUCCAUUUAAAGUUGAAAACAUUGUAAGUGCUGGUAUAGACAAUUUUCGAGUUUUAUACCAACCUAUUUUAUUGAGUACUGACUACCUUUACUGGGACGAGAAGGAGAAAAGUUUUGAACAGGAAUAUACCUAUAAUUCACGUCUUUAUCAUUUGGAUAAAAUUCCUGGGUAUUUCCUUGGUAGAAUAGGUCGGCGCGAUGUCGAGACCGUAUAUAGUAUGAGGGAUGUCCUGGCUCAAGAUAGUCAAUGUAACAACCUCUUACAUGAUUCCCUGGAUGAAAUAGUUGGCGAUUCCAGCAAGAAGCAGAGCCUGAAAGGAAUUUUAACGGGAGGAUUGUUCAGGUCUAGUCGUUAUGGCUCUAGUAAAUGCAACAAGUGGCUGAAGAGUGGCAAAAAAUAAACAGUUUCCUAAUUGUUGAAUAACUUGAGUUGACUUUUAUACAGCCUCUUGCUUUCGAUAUAGUUCUUUAUUAAAGUUUCGGAAGGUUCUGUGAUCAAAAUUUGGGAAUCCAUAAAGGAACUGUAUUCUGCUAUACAUGUAAUUGUUUUGAGCAUAAACAAUGCAUGUUUGUUUUGAUUAAUCUAACAAAUUAAAAGAAUUGAA